AUGCGUUGCCUGAGUUUGAUCUCCAUGAAACUCAGACAACGCAUGUCACCCGACUUCAAAAGGAGGGUCGACUUACUGUCCCCCUCCCACGUUUUCGAGGUCCUGCAAGUGCUUUCAAUCCUCGAAUUCGACAAUAUCUCUAGGAUCAUGGAGUCACGUACGAAGACAAGUAUGGACCUCGGAUGGAUUGGGAUUUCAAGAGGUUCCGGAGGUUUUCGUCAAGGAGGGGAAGGAAAAUAUUUGUUUCAAAAGGCACUACAAGAAACUUACAUCGUCGCAAAAACAUUGAUCAUGAGUCGCUGA